UGAAAGGGGUAUGUUUGGAGACUGACUGUUAAGAAUGCAGAUAAACCUGCCCCCAAACGCUUUGGGCCUGAACUGGGCCUGAACGCCUUUUGCCUUUUUGUAUUCAUCCUCGAAUAAAUACAGUAGAAAUGAAUCAGAAAGAAAGGGGAUGUGAAGAGGUUUACUUGGCCAUUUCCAAAAAAAGAAGCAGCAUUACUUUGCUGUUUAGGCAAUAUUGAUAUCUGUUUCCAAUUAAUUACCUUUAAAACCUCCAGAGGAAUUUCGCCAUUUGAGUGACCAUCGCCAUCUGAGGCUCUCGCCUCCUUGCGCCUUUCUUCCACGUUGUUGAAAUUGGAUUCUUUUAGAGGCCGUAAUACCCACUUAGCAUAGCUCAGUCUACUUGACAAGCAGGCUGGCCAUUUGAUCCGGGAAAUUUGAAAAGUUGAAACCCAAGAGCAAUUUGCUUGGUCUUGCUUUUUCUGAGAGAAGUCCUUCUGCCUGCCUGACGGUAACAUUUUCCUCCGCUAGGUCUGGGAGCAUAAGCAGGAGUCUCUUACGCUGGUCCUUCUUUCCCAUUAUUACCGUGGUUUUCAUAGUUACAGGCCUGUACUGUGCAAACCCGGCUGCCUAGUAAUAAACAGAUUAAUGUUUGAUAACGUGGAGGGAGAGAGAUCAGAACACAGAUGUCAGCAGACUAGAUAUUGUGUGGACUUGCUUCUUUUUUUCCCCUUUAUUUCUUCCAUGAGGGAGAGAGACAUAGAACUAACAGGGUUCUGAAGCCUCGAUCCCCCUCCAGUCUUAACCAGCUUUCAUGACACACGUGUGCACACACACAGCAUACAGGAAGGCCCUGGGCACGAACCAAGGACCUUUCCCAUGUGGGUGCAGUUGUGCUACUGCUGUGCCACCAUCUGGCCCCAGAUCUGCUACUUUUAGAUCCCUCAGUAGUCUAUCACCACUGAGAUUCAUUUCCUAUUUCCUGUCUUACAUCUUGUUCCUCUUCACAUCUUUCCCUGCCCCCACUACUCACUCAUCUUAAAACUCAGGUUUGGGAGCACAUGGUUAGUGUUCAGACCUCAUGGCCCUUUACUCAAGGAAAGGGUGCCUUUUUAUACCUGUUUCAUGUCAUUGUUUUCCCCCUCCUCCUCUGGUUUCUGUCACUCACUCAGGGUUUAGGCCUGGUGUGCCUGCAGGACUGCACCCGGAUUCAGAGCCAUGCCAAUUGGUGGGUGAAGCUCAGACCAGUGAUGGAGCCACUGCAGCCACCACAGAAGCAGCCACACCUGGCCCCUCUGCAGGUGGACACCAGGGAGAAGCAGGGCCAGCAGGUGAGAGAAGCCCCCUUCCUGUACUCCCAGAAGCCAGCUGCACAGCCGCCGCUCCUUCCUGUCAUACCUGCAAGGCCCUCUGGCAGCCCUGCACUAGGUCCUGUAGCCAGAGCUCCCCCAGCUACAGCAGUGGCCCGAGGUUUGGAAGGAAGCAAUGUGAACUCGGAGCCUGAGGAAGAGGAAGGAGGUCUGGAAGAUGAAGACGGGGAUGACGAAGUUGGAGAGGUGACUGAGAAGGAGGCCCAGGCUGCUUCAAAAUAUUUUCACGUGCAGAAAGCAGCUCGCCAAGACCCCAGAGUGGCACCCGUGUCCGGCCUGCUCCCCACGCCUGGGCUCCCAGCGCAUGGACAAGCUAAAGAAGACCAUACCAAAGAGACAUCCAAGGCUCCCCCUCCAGUCCCUGCAGCCGGGACACCAAGCUGGAGUCUGGACGAGCAGCUGAAGCAGAAUGGUGGUUUGGCCUGGAGCGAUGACGCAGACGGAGGCCGGGGAAGAGAGAUCUCGCGCGAUUUUGCCAAGCUGUACGAGCUGGACAGCGACCCAGAGCGGAAGGAGUUCCUGGAUGACCUGUUCGUCUUCAUGCAGAAGCGGGGCACCCCCAUCAACCGGAUCCCCAUCAUGGCCAAGCAGACCCUGGACCUGUACAUGCUGUACAAGCUGGUGACAGAGAAAGGCGGCCUGGUGGAGAUCAUCAACAAGAAGAUCUGGAGGGAGAUCACCAAAGGCCUCAACCUGCCCACGUCCAUCACCAGCGCUGCCUUCACCCUCAGGACCCAGUACAUGAAGUACCUCUACGCCUACGAGUGUGAGAAGAAAGCCUUGAGCUCCCCGGCCGAGCUCCAGGCGGCCAUCGACGGCAACCGCAGGGAGGGCCGGCGGCCCAGCUACAGCGCCUCCCUCUUCGGCUACUCACCUGCUGCCGCUUCUGCCGCCACUGCCGGAGCCCCCGCCCUUCUCUCCACUGCCGGGGCCCCUGCCCUUCUCUCCCCGCCCAAGAUCCGCUUUCCCAUCCUGGGGCUCGGCUCCAGCAGCAGCACCAAUACCAGCAGCCCUCGAGGGUCCCCGGCAGCCACUCUCAGGAAAGGUGAUGGCGUCCCGGUGACCACAGUGUCUGUGCCAAAUCGCCUGGCUGUGCCCGUGACCCUGGCAGGCCCGCAGGCUGGUCCCUGGCCCGCCACGCUGGAGCAGCUGCGGGAGCGGCUGGAGUCAGGGGAGCCCCCUGAGAAGAAGGUGUCGCGGCUGUCCGAGGAGGAACAGCGUCUGGUGCAGCAGGCCUUCCAGCGCAACCUUUUCAGCAUGGCGCGGCAGCUGCCCAUGAAGAUCAGGAUCAACGGCAGGGCAGAAGACAGAGCAGAGGCCUCGGCCGCCGCGCUGAACCUGACCACGAGCAGCAUUGGGAGCAUCAGCAUGUCCGUGGACAUCGACGGCACAACCUACGCAGGGGUGCUGUUUGCUCAGAAGCCUGUGGUGCACCUGCUCGCGGGCUCCGCCACCCAGAGUGCCACCAGCAGCACCAGCAGCUCCAGCUCCCACUGCUCGCCCAGUCCUACCUCAUCCCGGGGCACCCCCAGUGCAGAGCCCUCCACCAGCUGGUCCCUCUGACGCCGGGACCCCGCAUUCCACUCCCCACUCCUGCGAGUGAGGGACGUAGACGCGGAGAUUUACCUCAUCUCAUGGAGCCCACGCUGAGCACCACCUGGCCAGACGCUGAGUUGGGACGAUCCGGCGGUCUGUCCAGGCUCCAUUCAGGUCCUGCUGUACUCCGGGGCAGGGAGAGCUGGAGGGGCGGGACAGGGCAGUGCUGUCCAAUCAGGGAUUGCCCUGGAGAACUGGGCAGGUCUGUGGGCGGCCGCUUCCUCCAGGGCUCCUGCCACCUCCCACCCCGGGGCACAGUGUAUCGACAAUCUGAGAGCCCUCCAUUCCCUUCUCCUUUAAUUUAUUUCCCUUCCCUGCCUUCUGCCAUGAUGCAGUGUCCCUGGUCUUUUUCCCUGCUCAGUCCCUCAAUAUUUAGUCCCGUAUGGGGCUGCUCAGAGCAGGGAGCACGCCUUCACGGCCCUUCCUGAGUUGGGGAUGGGGCCACCUGGGCUCAGCUUGUUCCCUGUCUGUUCCAGGGGUGUGGGCCCCACAAAUUCAAGUUUUGACUCAGUCCUCAGGGCCCAGGACUAUGGGAGGCUGCUAUGGGGGAGGCAGAGCCCUGGCUCUGCCCCCCAGACCUCACGCUGCCCACUCGCUCCCGUUGGCCAGCUCUCCCAGGACCAGCCCCCUGUCCCUUGCCCCUCUUCUCCUCAGGGGCAAUCUCAGCCCCGUCACCCCAAACGUGCCGACGUCAAGUCCACUGAAAUACCUCAGAUUUGUAAUUGUUGGUGUUUGAUUCUUCAGGAAGUAUUUGCAUCUCUGGAAUCUUUUUUAUAUGUGUUUUGUUGACUUCUUUUUUUAAUUUUAAAGUUUUAUUGUCGUCAUUGUUGUAGUACCAAAGAAAUGAAAACAGAUCACCCCAAAGCCAAGCAAGUGGUUUGGUAGCCCUGCCCCUCGGGCCCUUCCCCAGAACCCCAGUGAGGAGGCCGGGAGGCAGGUGAGCCGCAGGACGGGUGACUCAGGGAUCACAGGCAGGAGGCGGAAACGGGUCAGGAGCUGAAGACGGUCUGCCCGCUCUCCUGCCACACCCCUACCCCCAGCUGCCCCGGGGGAUGGGGGACACGGAGACAGCCCUGUCUGUCCUCUGGCCCCACCUCUGGGGCACAGCUGCUCCUGGGCUGUGAAGAAAAGGUGAUUCUUGGCCAUGACUCACUCCUUAGCCGAGGAAGCCCCGCGGUCGUAGACCACUCCCACUGUGAUGUUGGGGGGCUGUGGGACAGUGGGGUUCUGGGCGCCAGUCUGUCCUGUCUGGGAAAAGAAAGGGCGCCAGAGGCUGGGGCAUGAAUAGGCCCCACGGCCUGGCGAGCCACAGCUCCGUGGGACUGCAUCUGCACUCUCCCCUCUCCCAGGCUCACGUGCAUGCACUCACAUUCACGCAUGCACACACGUGGAGAUGCGCGCACACAGAUCUGCUCACAGCUCUCAGAUUCACACACGCACACAGAUGGCAGACUCAUUCGCUCACACCUUUAUGUGUGGACACAUGCAGCCCACCUGUUGGGGGCUGGUCCUCUCUGGCCUGACCCACUAGACGAGUACAGGCUGUGGGCAGGGAAGGGCCCCCACAUCUGGAGCCCAGGAGAGUCCUGGUGGCUGGUGCUGGGUCCACUCAAGGUGUUGCAGCCAGUGGGUCUUUCUCAGGGGUUUGGUCAGGACAGACUCCCCACCUGGCAGAGGCAGGACAGCACACUGGGGCUUCCAGGCCAUUGGGUCCUCCAUUUCCCAGGCAGCUUGCUGGCCUCACCCUCCAAGCAGCCCUCCCUGCCCCAGGGACAGCAGCAUGGUCUCGGCCAGAAAGCCCAGAGUGGGUGCCAGCAGCACUCCAGGUGUGGGCCCCAGCCCAAGUGAGCUCACCCCAAGUGUGUCCCAAAGGCCACACGGAAGGUGGUCAGCCAGGGCAGCCCGGCCAGGAGGGAGGUAGCACACGGGCAGCCUAGGCGGCACGAAGCAGCCCGACGCCCGUGCAGCGGUCUGUAUGUCAUGGUUACUUUCUAUCUUCGUGUUCUCGAAUGUUUAUAUUUCAAUAAAUCUCUACCUCUUCACACAA